ACCCGGAGCGGCGCACGGGAGCGGAGCAGGGGAGAAGGAAGCGCGGGAGGCGGACGGGCGGGGACGAAGAGGCCGGCGGCGAGAUGGUGGCGGUGGGUGCGGACGAGGACGAGGAGCGGCGGAUGGACGAGCGGCCCAUGCACCAGGGCUGCAUGGCGGGGUUCCUCCACCUCUUCGACCGCCCACAGAUCCUCUCCGGCCGCCGGCUCCACGGCUCGCCGCGCCGCCUCCUGUCCUCGGGCUCCAGCGGGUCGGCGACGCCGUCGGAAAGGUCGAUGCCGCUGGACCGGGCGACGCCGGCGCCGUCGUCGCCGGACAGGAUGCCGCCGGCCGCGCCGAGGCCGUCGCUGCAGCUGCCUCCACUGGACCCCAAGGACGGCGCCGGGGCGGGCGGCUGGGCCGCGCCGUCGUGGCGGCUGCCGCGGCUCUCGCUCGACAGCCGCGCCGUGGUGGACGCCGGGGGCAAGCUGCGGCCGCGCGAGGUCCGGACGGCGCCCGCCCCCGGCGCGCCGCCGUCGCCGUCCGCGGCGGGCGACGACCGCCGGUCGCCCAGCGUCGUCGCGCGGCUCAUGGGCCUCGACGCGCUACCGCCCGGCCAGGCCGCGGCGGCGGGGGACGGCGCCCACUCCGGCGCUGCGAGCCCGGCCGCGCUGCGGCGGUCGGCGUCCGAGCGCGUGCCGCGGGACCCGUCCCACUUCCGGUUCGUCGACCCGGCCUUCUUCGAGCGGCCGGCGUCGCCGCUCCCGCCGCUGAUGGAGCGGCCGUCGCCGGCGGCGGCGUCGGCACCGGCCGCGGAGGCGGCGAUGCGGCGGGCGCCGGAUGCGGGGUGCCCGCGCGCGUUCCAGAGGCGCAGCCGCUUCGACGCGCACGAGGUGUUCCCGGAGCCCGCGAAGCGCGCCGACCCGGCGGCCGCCGGCGCCCACGGCGAGAUCGCGCUCUACGGCGAGAUCGAGCGCCGCCUCCGAAAGCGCGGCAUCGCGGAGCCGGCCCGGGACCUCGAGACGCUGAAGCAGAUCCUGGAGGCGUUGCAGCUCAAGGGCCUGCUCCACCACACCCCCACGCCGCCGCCGCCCGUCCGCACCGCUCCGGCGCCGCCGCCGCCCAUCGUCGUCAUGCGCCCGAACCACCGCGCGCAGCCGCAGGUGCAGCCGCCAGCGCGGCUCACGCCGGCGCGGCGACUGCGCGUCGACGUCGACCGCGCCCGCCGCCCACGGUCGCCCGACCCGUCGGCGUCCCCAGCUCGAAGCCCGGCUUCCCCUGCUCGGCGUGGCCCGCGCUCGCCGCAGCGGCGCGUGUCGCCCGUGCACUCUCCGAAGCAGCAGCAGCCGCCUUUCAGGAGGCCAAGCGGCUUCGACUCCGCUGGCGCCCGCGCCCGCAUUGCCCGCCGCGCGGCGCACAACGCCGCGGCGCUUUCCCCCGACGACGAGGCCUCCACCACCUUCUCCGACGGCGGCAGCAGCAGCUCCUUCAGCGCGUCGUCCCGCUGGGACUUGGAGCCUCAGCCGGAGUCCCGGACGGACCGCGGCCUGCUGGAGCGGUGCGGGAAGCUCCUGAGCAGCAUCCAGGCGUUCACCGGCGGCGACGCGGCGGGGUCCGACCAGCAGCCGAGCCCGGUGUCCGUGCUCGACGCGGCGGCCUUCCUCGCCGACGGGGACUCGCCGUCGUCCUCGUCGGGGUCGAAACGGGCCAUCGACUUCAGCACCACCAGCAGCAGCGUUGGCCGAGCGGGCCCGAAGCCGGCGUCCGACCCAGAGGAUGACGAGUGGGCCCUGGGGACGUGGCCCGAGGGCCCCGAGGCGAGCGGCGACCCGGACUACGCCUACGUGGCGGAGCUGGUCCGCCUGUUCGGUGGCGCCCGCGGCGGCAGGCGGCGGGACCCGGCCGACGUGUACAAGGCCGCGGAGCAGCGGCGCCGCCAGCGUGGCGGCGACCCCGGCGACACGUGGCACCAGCGCAGGCUGCUGUGCGGCGCGGUGGGGGAGGCCCUGGAGCGGCAGCGCGCGGCCGCGGCGUGCCCCUGGGACCCCGCGGCGUGGCUCCGCGGCGCCGAGCUGGUGGACCACGUCUGGGCCGAGGUCCGGCGCGCCGGCGAGCCCGCGCCGCGGACGGCCGAGGACGAGGACGACGAGGAGGACCUGAACGCCGUCACGUGCCGCGCGAUCCGGCGCGACAUGGCGGCGGACGAGGGGCGGUGGGCGGCGACGCGGCAGCGGUGGGUGUCCGGCGCGGAGGCGGCGGAGGCCGUGCUGCAGAUCGAGCGGCUGGUGUUCCGGGACCUGGUCGCCGACACCAUCCGCGAGCUCGCCGACGCUGGCCGGCUCCUCCCGCGCCGGAGGCUGGUCUUCUGAUCUGAUCACACCGGGAGGCAACGUCGCCGGAGCCAGUCGUCCGCGAGGAUCGGAGAAGCGAAAAGGGAGGAAAUAAUUGGAUUCGGCGCUUGAUUUCCGUUUCUUGCUCUGCUUCUGUUCCUCCUCCUAGUUUCAGAGAGAGCCAUGUAAAAUUAUUCAGUUUUUUUUACUGCUGUUCACUCCUAGUCCUAGGCAAUGUUAAUUACUGCUAAUCGGUGUGUUUCCAUAGUGACCAUGUUAAUUACUAAUGACGGAGCAGUUUUAACCACUCCGCUCGAGGAUCA